AUGCAUCUAUUCCUCAUCCUUUGCGCAUUGGGGGUAAAUGUGGCCGCUCUAGCCGGCUAUCGAUCCCCUGAGCUUCGAGUUGUGACUUCUUCUGGCUCACUGAACGGGAUAUACAACAAUUCUGCACAGACAGUACGGGCGUUUCUUGGGAUUCCAUAUGCCGAGCCCCCAGUUAACGAACUGCGAUGGGCCCCACCACAUCCUAAAUCACCAACCCGAAGCCCCAUCGAUGCAUCUUCUUUCAGCAGUCCCUGUCCGCAGGUGUAUAGGUACUCCAAUGAGUCUAUUUGGAGUAUUCUUCCGUACAUGAUAUGGAACUCUGGCGACAUGUCUGAAGACUGUCUGUAUAUGAAUAUCUGGGCACCUUCUAUCAAGCAUCGAGACAGGGAAGUUCACAAAGCAGCCGUCAUGAUGUUCAUUCAUGGAGGAAGCUUUGACACCGGGAGUAGUUCGGUUGCUUACUACGAUGGCACGAAUUUGGUACAGAACCACGACGAUCUGAUUGUUAUUACCUUCAAUUAUCGACUCAAUGUCUUUGGAUUUCCUAAUGCGCCAGACAUCGACCCUUCCAAGCAAAACCUCGGGCUCCUGGACCAGGUAGAUCGAAAAUACAAUCCUCUUGUCAGCGCAAUUGCUCUUCACUCCGGCACCGCUCCAUUAUUGACUUCGGCCCCUGAUCAUCGAAAUUGGAAUGAAUUGUCUAUUGCUGUUGGAUGCGGCGUAGGAGCCCAAUCUUUCCAGUGCAUGAAGCAACUUCCAGCUAUGAAGAUUGUCGAAACAAGAGCCCAGGGGAACUAUACCUUCUUUCCCAUUGUAGAUAAUGUCCUCGUCUUUUCCGACCAUGCCGCCAGAGCUGAAAUGGGGAAAUUAGCACGAUUGCCAACAUUGGCAGGAAUUACUGGGCGUGAAUAUUCGGCUUUCUUACCGUUAAGUCAAACAUCACUUGAUGAGACAGCAAUCUACGUGCUUGGUCAACAGAUUUUCAACUGUCCCCUCCGGGAAUCUAUGAGGAUUCGAGUGGAUCACCAGGUGCCCAGUUGGAGGUAUGUGUACCAUGGGAAUUUCACCAAUCUCAGCCCACUUCCAUGGCUUGGAGCAUACCACGGGUGUAAGAAGUAG